GAGUACACCGGACCUCGGCGCCGCCGGGAGCCGCACUGGGCAUGCUCGGCUCUCGCCGGCUCUGGCGCCCGUAGGUGGGAAGCUCCGGCUCCCGGCGGCGGGGCUCGUAACCCGCAUCGAGAAGAGGCGCGGGCGGCGGAGGAGGUUGGUACGCGCUCGGUGCUGCAGAGCUCCCCGGGUGGCCAUGGCGGGAGGCGCACGGCGACCACCCGAGUGGCGCAGCGGUGUCAGAUUCUUCUUGAACAAGUACCAACUCCAUGGAUCAAGGACAGGUUUGUCCCAUGGCCUGCUCUGAGCAGUGUGCGGUCUGAGAGAAGAUUCCAUUGGCAAACCAUCUCUGGCCUUACGGAGCAAGCAAAGAAGAUGGGUUUCCGGAAGAGCCAUCUGACUGUGUGUUUACCACCUUCUGUGCCCUUUUUAAUCCUAGUAUCCGCUCUAGCCACGGCUAAGAGUGUGACCAACAGCACUUUAAAUGGCACUGAUGUGGUCUUGGGCUCUGUGCCCAUAAUCAUUGCCAGAACUGACCAUAUCAUAGUCAAAGAGGGGAACAGUGCCUUGAUUAAUUGCAGUGCUUAUGGCUUUCCUGACCUAGAGUUUAAGUGGUAUAAUUCUGUUGGCAAGCUGCUGAAAGAGAUGGACGAUGAGAAGGAGAAAGGAGGAGGAAAAUGGCAAAUGCUGGAUGGCGGCCUCCUGAACAUCACCAAGGUGUCUUUCUCAGACAGAGGUAAAUACACAUGCGUGGCGUCUAACGUCUAUGGCACUAUAAACAACACAGUGACGCUGAGAGUCAUCUUUACCUCUGGAGACAUGGGUGUGUACUAUAUGGUGGUGUGCCUCGUGGCCUUCACCAUUGUCAUGAUCCUCAACAUCACCCGCCUGUGUAUGAUGAGCAGUCACCUGAAGAAGACGGAGAAAGCCAUCAAUGAGUUCUUUAGGACAGAAGGUGCAGAGAAGCUGCAGAAGGCUUUUGAGAUUGCUAAACGCAUCCCCAUCAUAACCUCAGCCAAGACUCUAGAGCUUGCCAAAGUGACUCAGUUCAAAACCAUGGAAUUUGCUAGGUACAUUGAAGAGCUUGCCAGGAGCGUGCCCCUGCCUCCCCUCAUCAUGAACUGCAGGACGAUCAUGGAGGAGAUCAUGGAAGUGGUUGGGCUAGAGGAGCAGGGGCAGAAUUUUGUGAGGCAUACCCCAGAAGGCCAGGAAGCCCCGGAUAGGGAUGAGGUAUACACAAUCCCCAACUCUCGGAAGCGAAGUGAGUCCCCCACCGCCGACUCGGAUGCUUCGUCAUUGCAUGAACAGCCUCAGCAGAUUGCCAUCAAGGUUUCCGUUCACCCCCAGUCCAGAAGGGAUCAUGUGGAUGACCAGGAGGGAGGACAGUUUGAGGUCAAAGAUGAAGAGGAGACAGAACCAUCGGAGGAGCAUUCCCCAGAGACUGCAGAGCCUUCUACAGACAUAACGACCACGGAGCUGACGUCCGAAGAGACGUCCCCUGUAGAGGCACCAGAACGAGGACUGCCACCAGCACACCUAGAAACAACAGAGCCAGCAGUGACAUGUGACAGAAACACCUGCAUUAUUUAUGAAAGCCAUGUCUAAUCUUAACUCCGAAAAGCUAUGCAUAUCAAGAAAAUCAGGGGCUGCUCCUUAAUAUAAAUGUAGUAUGCACUUGCCGCUAAGCCUUACCAGGAGACGCUCAUCCCUUAGGUAAGAGUGAUGCCCCCUCGAGAGGGAAGACACCUGCAUGGAGUUCAUGUGACUGGAAUCACCCCAGUAGAAAAGGAUCUGAAGAGUGCUGGGGUACAGAACUGAUAAGAUGGAGCAGGGGUCUGUCCGUGUGAUCUGAAUUGUAGAGACCAUUCUCUGCCAAAUUCCUUAAUUGGUGAUGCCCUUUUGGCCAAGAGUACACUAUUGUAAGAUGUUCUGAGUUCAGGAGCCCUGUCUAAUGUGUACUGCAUUGCUUUUCCUUGGAAAAUUACAGCUCUGCUACAGUAGCAAAGGCUCACACAUGGGUUUGUUGCACUUUGUUCUCAGUUUGAACUAUCUUCACCGUUCUUUUCUAAUGGAGUAGUUGUUAUUAUAUUAAUAUUAAUUGCUCUUUCUGCUGGAAUCUUCUGUUGUCACCUUUGUCCUUAUUUUCCCUUAGUAGGGUUGACCUCAGAGUCUUGGGUGUCAGUCACUGCACAGUUGAUAUCUGUAAGACAUACGUAGUGCUCCAAAGUAGUUACUACACUCUUUUUUCUUUUCCCUAAUUUCCUCUUUAAAAAAAUUAAUAACCUCACAUCUAUUUUUCAUAGACUUUUUGUUUCCAAUGAAGCUGCUAUUGUGAAACUGAGAAAAAAUUUUGCCCCCAGAUAGCACUUUAAGAGUAAAAAACAUUUACCUGCCUGCCCAGGUCUGAGAGCAUUCCACUGUGGUAUCCAGCGAGAUUGUAAAUGCUUAGAUAUGCCAGCAGCACUCAUGAAAAUGGUUUACAUGUAAGUGUAAGACCAAACGAAGACAAGUUCUUUCCCUGGGAGAUUUACUUCCAAAGACAGAGAUGUCUGGUGAUUUCCUGAAGGUAUAGUACAUAACCUUCCCACAAGGCCUUGCAGGACCCAUAGGGUAUUGUCAGCUCCGCAGUAGAUUUAAAAGCAGCAACUAGUGGCUCGGUGAACAGUAUAACCAGGUCUCCAUUAGAUUGCAUGCUUGACUUCUUGGUCAUUGCAAGAUGAGGAAAAUAAUCUAGAUGAUUUUUAUCCUGAAAUGAUUGAAUUCUUUGUCCCACUAAAAUGCAGCAUGUGUAAGUUAGCUUGAUAUUAGAGAAAAAAAGCCAAACCAGCCAUCCACAAGUUUAAUACUUGACUGUGCCAAUAACCAGCUGCCAGGCCGGCCUCAGUUUUCUUCUCUGUAAGACAGGGCAAACUGGAAUGAACUCUGAGGGCACCCCACCCCCACCAAAUGGCAUCACAUUCAGAAAAAAAGAACCCAAUAGUUAAACUUUUUUUUUUUUUUUGCCUCUAUUCAUGAUGUUUUAAAGAUUUUUACUUUUAUCUCUGGGGAGCCACUUUUAAUGCUGUAUUACUUACUCAAAUGAGAAGGAUCACAGCACUUUCGACAAAAUUGAGAACCGUUCCCCUCCAAAACUAAUGAGGCCCUCUCCUCCGAUUUAAAUUCAAUCUCAGUAAGAAUAAUGAGUACUGUUAUUUUAUUUUCAAAUACAAACAAGAGAGAUGGAAACUUUAAAACAGAGAUCAGAGGCCACGUAGUGAGUGGUGGGCGCGUUGGGGUUGUGACUUCAGAGGCUGUGUGGGUUAUCAAAACAGACCCAGAUGUUUAAUCACCAGGUGAUUGCCUUCAGAGGAAGUGACCAUGGACAACUGCUUUCUUACUGAGGUAUUGUAUUUGGUCUUUUUCAUGUGAGAAAGAGUAGAGUAUGCUUCUAAUGGUCAGUAGUGUAGGCGACCCCUUGAAGCUCCCUUAGAAUAUCACGGAAGGUCUUUAAACUGUAAUAAUCCUUUUAAGUCACUGGGAACAAAAGUGGGUACCUUAGGCGAGGUUCGUGUGUGAUCUGCACUCUACAGCAGGGGUAUAUGUAAGUAAGGAUCAUAGGAUUGUCUGCGGAAAUGGCCAGGACAAGGCUACAAACAAUUCAUGUGGAAAUCAAUCUGACCAGACUUGGAAUUUGAUCAGAUUUACCCUUUAUGAGAAAUUCCUAAUUGAAAUAUCUUACGGGGUCACCUAAAGAAACCUAUAGCCUGCCGCUAUAAGAAGCUAUGACUUCUUUUUGGGCUCUCUGGAGGGGGAUUUCAUAUAGUCACAUUGAAGAAAAGUUUUAUUCCCAGCUCUUAGAAUAUACAGAGUCUGAUUUUCAUGUAGAUUGACAAGUACUUGCUUUUGAUAUAUCUGCCCACAGUACCAACAGGGACUAUUGAAUGUUUUAUGAUGAUAUGUGAACUCUAUUCUAUUCAGUUCUCAUUCCAUCCAAACCCAUGUACAGAAUUCCUCAUGGAAACUGCAGGGCAAAGUACCCAUUCCAUACAGAUACUGAUGUAGGAUUAUAAGCUAAAGGAGGCCGAUUUACUAUGAAGCAAGAUGUAUGACCAAAGAAUGUUUCCAGAUUGAUUUGGAUUCUUUAGCCUGCAGUGGGAUAGAGAGUAAGGGGGUGAUUUUCCAACCUCCCUCCUUAAGGCACCAGCUGUUCUUGGGAUAAGAAUCUCCUACUUUAAAAGGAGCUUGGCUUCGUAUGGAAUUUCUCUUUCCAAAUUCUAUGCUCUGGAUAUCACUCGGCAGAGCCUCCAAAAAUUAGAAUAGUCUCUUAAGAGAAUAUGAAAUGUGGAAGACCUCCUAACAACUCAGCUGAACAUUUCCCCCAGAAGUGAACCAUUCCCAUUCUUAGAAUUAUCUUCAUUUGGGCAGUUUUAAAAGUGUAACAUUCAAUCCCUGCACUCAACAUUCAAUCCCAAUCUUUGGAUCUGCUAUAGUCAUUCUUUAAAAAAAAAAAUCAAUUUCAGGUUUCUGACUCAUCCUGCUUAUACCUCUAGCAAUUUUUUUCUUGAAAUUCUGAAAAUGAUUCACAUACAUAUGCAUAUUUAAUUCUCUUAGAUAAUCUAUAAACUUGGAUGGUAUUUAUUCUGAAUGGGAAAAAUACCCAAAAUUUUAUAUGGGGAAAAAAAUCUAUGUAAUUUAUAAUGGUUUGUUUUAUAUAUUUAUAUUUUCAUAUCUUUAGGGCACAUCUGUUGUUCUCAUCUUUUUGUACAUCAUAGUUGGCAAAAAGAAAAACUAAUACUUGACUAAAAUCUCUAGGAACCAAAUGUGAUAUAUGUCAUACAUAAUGUAUAUAAAUUGCUCUAGAAAUACGUGAAUGUUUCCACCCAAGCCAAGCAUUGUUUUGUCAUGUCAUUACAGCCAGAAUGUCUGGGGUGCUUACAAACAUUACUUUUUCACAAGGAAGAUUGAAAAGCCUGAUAUCCUACACAGUGGCUCUCAGACUCUCUUUCCCUUCGUUAUCUUAUUUGUCCCUUCUUUAACUGAGCGCAUCCUUCUAAAGGGCAAGUGAGAUCCAGUGAGAGCGCAAGAGGAAUGAAUCUGGUUAUGGCUUCUGUAAAUCACAUUAACAGAUUGAAGGCAUGCUUUAAAUCCCAGGUUCAGGUUGCCAUUCACUGACCAUGUGGCAUCUGCUCAGUUCUAUUGCACACAAAGGGUAGUAGGGCAUGAAGAAUGAAUGAAUGCUUGCAUGUUUUGAAGAGGCACGGUGGACAUUUAGUGCAGCCACUGUUGGUGACUAUGGGGAUACUCAUGUGGCACUGGAAGAAAUGUUGUAGAAAAUCAAAUCAGCUACCUUUUUCUUACACACUUUGAAGUAGUAUGUGUAUUCCUGUGUUAGAACUUUUAAAUGGCAGUCCCAGUGAUUACAUGAACUAGGGAUUUCCUUCCCAUGUUUUCAUUUGGUAAGAAAUAGAGCAUCAAAGUCUCUUUAAAACAAUGUUUUCUCAGUACAUUCAACUGCUUUCCUCCAUAUGACUUAGCUCAUCCUCUCAAAAACCCCAUAAGUAAUUUUUGUUUCUAUUGUUACUUCUUAAACACUUACUGGUAGUCAUUAAAUAUCACUCAAACUCCAUUAUGUAUUUACACACACACACACACACAGUUUUGAACGUCUAUUAGUUUUAAGAUAUUGUUUUUACAUUUCACCAAUAAAGCCUUCAAACCAGUAACGAAGUUCAUUUUGUUCAUGGCCUUUUAUGAUUUCUUCAGAGAUUAACAGGCUUUGAUGAAACAAACCAUUGGUGAGUAAAAUAAUCAAAUAGUACAUAAUUAUUAUAUUUUUUAAAGACUAAGUGGUUGAUUACAAGAAAAUCUCAUGUAAGAAGGAUGCUCGUUGAAUGACUUUUCUUUUCCUUAAAAUGGGCAUGUAAGGGGCUAGCUCUGAGACUACUACAAUCACUAAAGAUAGCUAGAAUAAAGCUAGAAAGUAAAUCAUUCUAAGAACAUCAUGGAGAAAAUUAAUUUUAUUAUUUAACCAAUUAUAAAAGCCUCAAAAUGUAUCUCUAAUACUACGGAACCAUGAACAGUGAGUUGGUUCCAGAGAAUAUGUGUGCAUCUAUUUUUGGUUUACUGUGCUUCACUAGUUCUGAGCAUUCUUUGUUAAACUGGGAAUGAGAAAUGAGAUGGAAGAUGUAUCAGGAAGAAAUAAGAAAUAAUUUAAAGGCAUAAACAAGUGACUAAGGUAGAAGUUGAUAUCACUGUAGUAAAAAGAAGCCACGGCUUGUGAUCCAUCCUGUAGUCUGAUUGUUGCUUUAAUAAAGGGUUUACACAGG